AUCCGACUUGGCCGCGCACCACCGCCCCUUCUCGGCCCUCCUACAUUUGUCCAGGGUCGGCACGCAGUAAUGGAGGAGGAGGCGGAGACCGAGGAGCAGCAGCGAUUCUCUUACCAACAGGGCUGCCAGUAAGGAAGAGCAGCAGCAGGGUUUGAGAGAAGCUCCUGUCAGCCCACAAGAUGCUGUUGCCCCCCGGCCUCCUGCUGCUGCUGCUCUCUGGGGCCACGGCCACCGCCGCCCUGCCCCUGGAGGGCAGCCCCACUGGCCCAGACAGCGAGGAAGCAGCAGGAAUAAGGAAAAGCAGCCUCCUGACUUUCCUCGCUUGGUGGUUUGAGUGGACCUCCCAGGCCAGUGCCGGGCCCCUCAUAGGAGAGGAAGCCAGGGAGGUGGCCAGGCGGCAGGAAGGCGCACCCCCCCAGCAAUCCGCACGCCGGGACAGAACGCCCUGCAAGAACUUCUUCUGGAAGACCUUCUCCUCCUGCAAAUAAAAUCUCACCCAUGAUUACUCACGCAAGUGUAAUGACAGACCUGAAUAAAAUGUAUUAAGCAGCAGCGAUCUUUCCUUUCCUCCUUCCCAAGUCAUUUGAAAAGUGUUUUUUAUUUAAAUUCCAAUAAUGCCCAAUACUGACAUGUCUUAAGUAAUUUGGAACCCAAAGCGAACAUCUUUGAUAAAGAUUUUUUUGGGUUUGACUGAACCAUGCUAAGUGUGGGCACUGGGCUUUCCUUCUGACGUUCAUUAUGGUGCUGGGAAGCUCUUUGAUUUAAAAUAAAAUAGCUAAAGGCUACAUAAUUAAGAGUUCAGAAUAA